AUUUCUAGUUUCCGUUUCCCUCCAUUGGCCUCCAUGCUGUCCGUCUCUGGUAGAACGGUUGCUCGAAUUCUUACCCAGCAAAGAUCCUUUGUAUCUCCUGCUGUUCUGUCGCAGCCAUGGGAUACCCAUUCCGUUUCCCAUCUCAGGCAGGAAGCUCGAGCUCGUGGCCUAUCCCCGAGAGGAAACAAGUCGGCACUCGUUGCACGUCUGCAGGAGCAUGAACAGAGUCAGAGUCUGUCCUCAAUGGCAACGAAGCAGGUUGUACGGAACGCGUCAACAGAAGCAAGCGUAGGGGGCGAGGCUCCUGGUAUUCCACCUGCUCACGAGCCGGUAGUCGCAGCCCCGACGACUGGAUUCUGGGAUAUCAAAAUACCAGAUGUGACGUUGCCUGAUCCAGAGCCUGCCGUCCAGAUCCCAUAUACGCCUGACUAUUGGGAGUCGUCAACACCGUUGGCAGUAGAAGAAGAGCACGCCAUUCCCAAAAUUCUCGUCGUUGCCGGCUCGCAAACGCAUCCUGGCGGUGGACCAUCCCAUACCCUUCUUGAGACUGGCGAGUCGGAGUCGACGGCGGACAGGCACCUCUCCGCAACACGGACAACGACAGGCGAAGGUGGAUUCUGGGAUGACGCAUCGGAGAACUUGGACCUCCCGUAUCCCGGAGAAAUUAAAAAUUCGAUUUCAGGUGCAUGGUCUGGGCUGAAGAAUUGGUUCAAGUAGCUACGAGGUUGUAAUAGACACCACAGUACAUAGA